AUUCAUUCCGUGGGUGGUACGUGCGAAGGGAGAGGGGGUCAAGGUGGUCAGCAUAGGAAGACUCCCUCUCAGUUCCGACGAGGCGGCGACGACUCUCAUUCUUUUCCUUUUCCUUUCCCUUCCCAUUCCCACCCACCUAACUUCUCUCUAGGUUUUCGCCAUUUCUCCCUAAUUAAGCUCAGUUUCAAUUUCAAUUUCAUUUAGCGUGUGUUUAGAAGUGUGUUUUCAAUGGGAACUCCAGAAUUCCCAGAUCUGGGAAAGCACUGUGCUGUGUCCGAUUGCAAGCUCAUCGAUUUCUUGCCCUUCACCUGCGAUCGCUGCGACCAGGUGUAUUGUUUGGAGCACAGAAGUUAUAUUAAACAUUUGUGUACAAAAGCUGACAAGCAAGAUGUCACAGUAGUUAUAUGUCCACUUUGUGCCAAAGGAGUUCGCCUAGUUCCUGAUCAAGAUCCAAACAUAACUUGGGAGAAUCAUGUCAACACCGAGUGCGACCCAUCGAAUUACGAGAAAGUCACAAAGAAGAAAAAAUGCCCUGUCCCUGGAUGCAGAGAGAUAUUAGUAUUCUCAAACACAAUUAAGUGCAGGGACUGCACAGUAGAGCAUUGUUUAAAGCAUCGGUUUGGACCUGAUCAUAAAUGUCCUGGUCCCAAAAAUGUGGAAUCAAGUUUUUCAUUCAUGAAUCUUUUGAAUGGGAGUAAAAAGCAGGAGUCCAAACCCAAGUCAAGCGCAACCACAUCAUCUAAAUGGAGUACAAGCUUUCUUAAUGCGGCUUCUAACAUUCGAGCUUCGGCUGAGGCUGGUGUCUCAAAGUUGAGUGCCUGGCAGACAGCAAGGGGUGGGGUGGGUCAGAGCCAUAGCAGUGGUCAAGUGGAGCAAUGCCCUCAGUGUGGUGCCAAGUUUUCCUCAGUUACUACUUUGGUGGACCAUGUGCAAAAAGUUCACGAGAGGAGUGGCAACCGAUCUGGAGCGAAGGUUACAAUUGAUGUUUGUCCAAAAUGUAGUAGAGGAUUUCGAGAUCCUGUGGCCCUAGUGGAACAUGUUGAGAAGGAUCACGGUGGAAGUUCUAGAUCAUAGCUUCGGGAAAGGCCAGACCUGCAGGAAUUGCAAAUUUGGCUGGAAUUUGCAAGCUUAAUUCAAUAGUGGUACUUACAUUUUUUGCUGACUAACCUGUGGUUGUCUGCAACUUGAAGUGGUCUUAAUUGUAGAAAUAUCUAAUUUGUCAUUGUGAAAUUAGAAUGAAAAUGCAUGGUCUCGAGUUCCGGUGUAAACUCAAUUUGUAUACUUGGAAGCUGUGACAGAUCUACAUUGAUAAGGACACAUGUCUCCACUCAAUUUCAAACUUUUUACUAUUAUAGUAAUAAAUUGUCUCUAAAAAAAAGCAUUAUAUUGU